UCACCGUCAAGAGCCGCAUCCGCACCAGUGUAUCUCCGACGUUAAACAGCAAAGGGUCAGGAGCGCGAGGAUAAACAAGGCACAUCUCUAACGUCCUCAUUCUCCUGACAAAUUGCCCAUUCUGGGCAGCGCGCCCGACUUAACAUGUUUGAACUGCAGGACCCCGCGCUGAAAACAACAACUAGUCGCAGAAUUUCCUUUUCAAUUAUGGACAUUCUGGACCCACACAAGUUCACAGGUAAAAAAGAGACUCCUUCUCAAACGGAGUCGUUAAUUAUCAGUAAUAAUCCAGGUGGGUGCACAGAAGAAGAGCAGUGUAACUCGCUCCUCACACCUGAUGUGGAGACAACCACCUCCCUUGGAGACACACACCCACGGCUCUCGUGUCCUAAUGACCCGGAUGAUGCGGACGGCGAUGAAGAAAGCAGCAGCGUUAACAGUGUUGCAGACUCGUCGGGUACAGAGGAUCCCGCGCGCCGCCGCCGCCGGUCCCGGUCCGAUCAGGGGAGCGCGCGCCCCCGACGCGCCAGAACCGCCUUCACCUACGAGCAGCUGGUGGCGCUGGAGAACAAGUUCCGCGCAACGCGCUACCUGUCCGUGUGCGAGAGACUAAACCUGGCGCUGGCGCUCAGCCUGACAGAGACACAGGUAAAGAUUUGGUUUCAGAACCGCAGAACAAAAUGGAAGAAACAAAACCCGGGGGCUGCAGACAAUAUCCUGCAACCCCCGAGCUCGAGCGUGAGUCCGGGUGUGGGACUUUGCGGGUCAGCCGUGGCGGGAUUUCACACUUUCCCACCUUUCAGCGGGGGAAAUGGUAUUUUCCACUCUUCCAGCGCUGUACCAUUAUCACCAUCUGGUACGCUCCUGCGCCCCUUCUUUUCUAGCGGCUACCUGCAGCCCACCUUCUUCCAGCCUCAUUUAUAA